CUACAACGUUAACAUAUCGGAUGCAAUUUAAGCAGAUAUCAGCUCAGUCACAUCAAAGUCGGCUAGUGAUUGUCGUUGGAGAGGCUGGACCAUGUAUACGAAAAAAUAAAAUAGUCGUGAGCGAGAGGAGAUAAUUGUACUAAAUGUACCCUCGGCGCCGAACGUCAAUUUUCUCCGCUACGACCAAUUUUAGCUGACAUUCUAUCUCGCGCCCUGUCGGUUGUCAUACGACAUGUACAACGGUCGACCCGCCAUGGAAUUUAACGUGUAAAUGCCGUGCCCUUCCACGUGAUAUUAACUAUCAGCCACUGGAACCGGGAUGAGGGGAGGUGCGAGUUUUUUGUUGUAUCUCCUUUUGGCCGUAGGGGUCGGGGACGGACGUCACAUAUUCCUGACACCCAUAGUGAGUCAUGCCAGGACAGUGGUGGUGGUCAUUCUACCGGAGACGGGAGUGGACAACAUUCUAUACAAACAGUUCGGGGAGACAAUUCAAAAAAAGAGUCCCUAUCGCACGUGGUCAGUGAUUGCAGAUAUUCAAGGAAAGGCGGCCCGUCUCGAGGACAUUCCUUCAAUCAUUUGGAGUGUGCGGGAUAGACUCCGAGAGGAAGAACUGGAUGCUCACGCAUACGACCUUUUUCUCGCUGGACAUGGAACAUCCGGUUUACCGGUACAGUUGUAUGCAAGCAUUUACCCAGCAGAAGUAGACGGCAUACUACUCUACAACUCAUAUCUACGACAGGGCCAAAUGAUUACAUUUCCCGUCCCGAUUCUCACAAUAUCAGGAGACCUUGACGGAGUCAACAGAAUCACACAGAUUGCCGAUAUGUUGAUUGACAAUAUCGAUGGCACUGAUGAUGACGAUGAUAACUCUUUGCUACAAAGGAGUCCUAUUGUUGUUCUGGAGGGAGUCAAUCAUGGAUCGCUUAUUACAGGCGAAUUGCCGGAAAACUUAAAAAUGGCUGACGUUAAGUCUGAUCUUCCAGUCGACAGAGCUAUAGAUAAAAUCUCACACAUUACCACAACAUUUCUGGUGAAGACAGUUGAUAAAGAUACCACGAGCACGACGUCCUUAUUGAAUGAAUCACGGAAAACCUUAACUUUACUUCAGCCAAUUGUGGACAUAAAGAAAAUGACACUGGACUCGACCUUGAAGUCUACAUGGGUGACGUACGCUCAGAUCUGGUUGUCAGGGAUACUCGGCCCCAACUCUGCCAAGAUACAUGUGCAGAGCUACGUGAAUAGAAACCUUGAGCCGGCUCUGAUGGAACAGCUGGACGGCAGUGUCACAAUAUUUACCUUCUCUGAAAUGGUAUACGCUAACGAUAAUGUCACAGAUGAUGACAUGCCCCCAGCAUCGCCAAAACUACUAGAAAUCAAAUCAAAGUUAUUUAAUGCCCAGCGUCUACAGACUGUUUUGUCCAACUCCACAAUCGGCGGUAAAAUGAAAACAUGCCGUGAUGUCAAUUAUGCAUCCUUUAUCUACACAUACCAUUCGGCUCAAAAUAUAACGAGAAAGCGAUUUGACAGAACACAUACAGGUAUCGUAUUCCAUGAAGACAUUGUAGCGAGGUCAAAAUCAGAGUGGGAACAGCAACAGUUGUUGGUAGAACAGCGUGGCAAAGUUCUACAUGUGACGUCAGUGUCAUGGACGUCACCUACAUCAACAGAAGGAAUAUUUUACUGCAAAUUAUUGCCACCGCCGCGCAUUACAGAGUGGAUUUAUGUAGAAUCUUUACUAUGAAAUAUUAGUGUUAAUGUGUAAUACAUUGUAAAGCAGGGUUAUUAUCAUUUUACUUAGUAGGACUUGUUUGUGUUACGUUUCUAAGACAUUAUAAAACAAAUGCCUUUAUUGUGAUAAGGCGAGACAAUUCUCACUAACAACAUUUUUAAAAUCACCAGCAACAUUUUAGAAAUAACAUUUUGAUAACUUCGACCAAACUGAAAGUAGACCAUUUGUAUAUCAAAUCACGUGACAUCUUUUUCUUGUUUAGGCAGUAUUGAACAUUGUGACACAAAUGUAUCACGUGACAUGAUAAGUUCCAAACACCGCAUCCAUGAAUUAACUUAAUCCAUGUACUAACAAUAGGUAUUAAAUUGGGUAUUGUGCAUUUCAUUCAGACGGGAACUUGCUAGAAUUUGUUAGUGUUGUGACGUCAACGUUGUGUUUCAUUUAUAUGGGUAUGUAGUGGAACUUAAUCUGGAUCCACGAAGGUGCUGUUAUUUUUAUUAUCAUGAGUGAUCGAUUUUUUAAACUCAAAUCCAUGUUAUUACAUAUAAGAAACUAAUAUCAAGAAGGAGAUACAGGCGUGCAGGCGUUUCUUUCAGUAAAAGUAUUUUGCGUUUGUUGUCCCAAGUCGAGGCCAGGCUUCUAUUUGCAUUGGAAACGUCAUUACAUAUUCUAUCGUUACAUGGUUGAAAAAACGGCCAUAUUCACUAGAUUUACAAUGUUCUUUCAAAACUGUCUUGACUGACGUUAUUUGGUCGUUGAUUUACUAUAAGACUCUUUCAUAUGUGUGUAUGUAGGAUAGGGAUAUUCCA